AUGGCUGACGAUAAUUCGCAUGCUGAGGCCAAAAAGGCGCACAAAAAACGCCAUUCAGGUGUGAAGGCGGACAAAAAGAAGGCUAAAAACAAACCGACCGAUCGGACGAAAAAUCCCAAAGCCUUCGCCAUCACUAAGGCUCGAUCGGCGGAGAAACGGUUCCGUCGCAAGGAGGAUAUAAUUACCAAGAAGCAUCAUAUUCCAAUCGUUGACAAAACACCGGAAGAACCGCCACCCGUGCUGAUCGCUGUCGUAGGGCCACCGAAAGUGGGCAAAACAACACUGAUAUUGAAUCUAAUCAAAAACUUCACCAAAACAAACGUGACAAAGCUGAACGGUCCCAUCACGGUGGUCACUUCCAAGAAACGGCGCAUCACACUGAUCGAGUGCAAUAACGACAUCAACAGCAUGAUCGACGUGGCGAAGUGUGCUGAUUUGGUGCUGCUCUUGGUCGAUGCGAGUUUCGGUUUCGAGAUGGAAAUAUUUGAGUUUCUCAACAUCUGCCAGGUACAUGGUAUGCCGAAGAUUAUGGGAAUUUUGAAUCAUCUGGACAUGAUCAAGAAUGCGAAGGCUCUUAAAAUGCAGAAGAAGCUGCUGAAACAUCGCUUCUGGACCGAGGUGUACGAUGGUGCAAAACUGUUCUACCUUUCCGGGUUGAUUCACGGCGAGUACCUGAAGAACGAGAUCAGGAACCUUGGUCGUUUUAUAUCGGUUAUGAAGUUUCGACCACUAACCUGGCGUGGAGCUCACAGUUACAUGAUUGCCGAUCGUAUGGAGGACAUAACGAACGCGGAACAAAUUCGCCUGAACGCCAAAUGUGACCGUAACGUUGUGUUGUACGGUUACGUGCGAGGUGUACCGUUGAAAAAGGAGAAUAUGGUACACGUUGCAGGGUUGGGAGACUUGCCGAUUGACGAGCUGAACACAUUACCCGAUCCAUGUCCACUUCCGUCCGGUGAGAAGAAGCGUAAUUUGAUGGAAAAAGAGCGACUGCUUUACGCACCUAUGUCCGGUGUCGGAGGUAUCGUGUACGAUAAGGAUGCCGUCUAUAUCGAGUUGCAAGGUUCGCACAGCCACAAGCAGGGAGUGAAGAACAGUGAACAGCAGCAGAUCGUUGAUUCGUUUAUCGAGAAGAAGGAAACGUUCGAUGUAACGAUCGAUAACCAAGAGUUUCGAUUGUUUAGUGACGGUGCUGUGAUCAAGUCGGGCGACUUUGUUGAUGAAACAAAGCAAACUGAGGAUGAUUCUGAUGCAGAUGAUCAAGAAGAUGGUGAGGAGGAAGAGGAUUCGGGUUUGGAAGAUUCGGACGAUGAAGAAGAUGCUGGUAAAGGAGCCCGCUUAGGCUGGAUACCAGAUGAAGGCGAUGGGGAUGAAGAUGAUGAAGCGAACGAUGAAGAUGCUUCCAGUGAGGAUGAUGACGACGAUGACUCGACGAACGACUUGGACGCCAUGGGUAAGAAAUCACGCUCCAGCGGAUAUCUCUCGUCGGACGAUGAGCGAACGGCAUCCGGCAGCAACACAAUGGCCUGGAAGGAAGGUCUCGCUGCAAGAGCACGGAAAGACUACCUAAACCGGUUGGCUACGAACAAAAAUCUGAUGAAAAUCGUGUACGGAGUGUUCAGCAAGUUCCACAAACGUCAGCAAGAGAAGGCCGAAGAAGAACAUGCCGAUUCGGAGGAUGACGAUUUGCUGGGAGGAAUAUUCAAAAGCGUCACCCAGAAACAGACGGAACUGCAGAAGAAGAAAGGCGUACAGGACGUGGAUGAAUGUUGCUUCUUUGAGGAGUACGGCGAUGGCAUUCGGGAUUGGACGACGACAGAAAAUAAGGACCUCAUACGGGAUUGCUUCGUCACGGGCAAAUGGAAGGCGUCGGAAGAUGCUGAGGAAUUGCUGAAGCUGGACGACAUGAGCGAUGGCGACAGUGAUGUGUAUGGAGAUUUUGAAGAUUUAGAAACGGGCGAAAAGCAUGAAGCUUCCAAAGUACCUAAGAAGCAACAGAGCGGAGGUGUUGAUAGCGAGAGCGAAGGAGACGAUAAGAAAGGUGAUGACGCAAAGGAAGGAGACGGAAAGGGCGUCAAACGUAGGGCGACGAGAAUUGAGGAGAAAAACAUGUCCCGGGCAGAGCUGAUGGCAAAGAAGAUGAAACUGAAAGCAAAGUUCGAUUCGGAGUACGACAAUCCGGAGAAGGACGAUCAGCAUAUCGAGGGGGACCAUCAGUACUACGAGAAGCUUAAAGCGGAUGCCCUGCGCCAGUCGGAGCUCAACAAAAAGGAGUUUGCCAAUCUGGACGAAGACGUGCGAUUGAACAUCGAAGGGCACCGGGCGGGAUUGUAUGUGCGUUUGAGCUUCAAGAGCGUUUCCGCUGAGUUUGUGGAACAUUUCGAUCCUGCCUAUCCCGUGCUGAUCGGCGGUUUGAACAUGGUAGAAGAGAACGUGGGAUACGUGAACUGCAAGGUAAAGAAACACCGUUGGUACAAGAAAACGCUUAAAACGGGCGAUCCACUGAUCAUUUCGCUCGGUUGGCGCCGGUUCCAAACGGUCCCGAUCUACGCUAAGGUGGAAGAUGAUUUUAAGCAUCGCUACCUAAAGUACACACCGAACCAUGUCACCUGUAGCAUGAGCUUCUGGGGUCCGAUUACACCGCAAAACACGGGUAUGAUGGCCAUCCAGUCGGUGGUGUACGAUCAGAAGGAGGUACGCAAACUUGGCUUCCGUGUCGCAGCUACAGGUGCGGUAAGCGAAUCCGACAAAAACGUGGACAUUAUGAAGAAGCUCAAGCUGAUCGGAACACCGGCUAAAAUUUACCAGAAAACGGCCUACGUAAAGGGAAUGUUUAAUUCAACGCUCGAGGUGGCCAAGUUCGAGGGGGCCAAGAUACGUACCGUGUCCGGCAUUCGAGGUCAGAUAAAGAAAGCGGUCCCACCGGAAGGUACGUUUCGUGCCACGUUCGAGGACCGGAUACAGCUUAGCGAUAUCGUGUUCUGUCGCACGUGGUUCCGGGUAAAUGUGCCGAAGUUUUACGCCCCUGUCACAAACCUGCUGCUAGCACCGGAAAAGAAAACGCAAUGGAGCGGCAUGAAAACGUUGGGACAGUUGAAGCGCGAGAAGAACAUACAGUUCGAGCCCAAGGAGGAUAGUACGUACAAGAAGAUUGUGCGCGAGAAGCUUGCCUUCCGACCGUUGGUUAUACCGAAGAGUCUUCAGAAGGCGCUACCGUACAAGGAUAAACCGAAGCUGGGACCGGUGAAUCCGAAAAAAUCGUUCGAAAGCGAACGGGUGGCAGUGGUGCAAUCACCCCACGAGCAGAAGGUGGCCAAAAUGAUGAACAUGAUCAAAACCAACUUCAAAACCAAGCAAAGCAAACAACUGCGGCAGGUGAGGGAACGGUCAAAGAAGUACAAGAAGCAGCUGAUGAAUGAAAAGUUUAAACAGCUUCAGCGCCAGAAAGACCUGAAAAAGAAGGUGUUUAAAGCGAUCAGCAAGAUGGAUGCGAAAAAUGAGGAGAAAAUGAAAGGUGGCAAAAAGUGA